UCUUAUUGGCAACGACGUCACAACGUCGUGCUUUUUCUCGAAUAUUGCUCUCUCCCGUUGCUUGCAACCAUGGUGCUCAAAACAGAGGUGUGUCGGUUCUCCGGUAGGAAGAUCUAUCCCGGCCGGGGGAUUAGGUUUAUCCGGAGCGAUAGUCAGGUGUUCCUUUUCCUCAACAGCAAGUGCAAACGGUACUUCCACAAUAGGCUGAAGCCCGCGAAGCUGUCAUGGACGGCGUUGUUCCGGAAACAGCACAAGAAAGACCUUCACGACACCACAGUGAAGAAGAAGAGGAGGACCACGAACAAACCAUACUCUAGGUCCAUCGUGGGAGCAUCGAUGGAGGUGAUUCAGAAGAAGAGGACAGAGAAGACGGAGGUGCGCGCCGCGGCUCGCGAGGCAGCGCUGCGGGAGAUAAAGGAGAGGAUCAAGAAGACUAAGGACGAGAAGAAGGCGAAGAAGGCCGAGGUGGUGAAGACAACGAAGGGGCCGGGGAAGCAGGCGGCACGGGGUCCACAGCCGAAGGCUGCGAAGAGCGGUGCUGGAGGCAAGCGCUGAGGAUGGUAGUGUGGAGGACAGGUUGUGAGAAUUCAUGUUUUUGUGGAUAUUGUCUAUAUAGUUAUACGAACCUUUUCAUUACAAUCCCAAAAACUUGUGAGCACACAGGUCUUUUUUAAAUGUACAUCAAAUGGUUGUUAUCGCCGUUCGGGUCAAACUCCAAUUGUUGAAUUUCGAUGCUUGUCUUUGUUGAGUUUA